AUGAGUGAACCAACAACAAAAAACAAUUCAUCAACUACUGGUCCAUUAAAAAUCAUCGUGCUAGGAGAUAGUGCAGUUGGCAAGUCUAAAUUACUCGAACGUUUUCUAAUUAAUUCUUAUGUUGGCGCACGUUGUUCAACAUUUGCUGUUAAUAUAUUUAAACAUACAGCUAAAGUUGAUGGAAAACAAUUCGAUAUUGAAUUUUGGGAUACAGCUGGUCAAGAGAAAUUCAAUAAUAUUCAUCAUUCGUAUUUUCAUCAAGCAGAUGCUUGUAUUAUGAUAUUUGAUGCAACUCGAAAAAUUACCUACAAGAAUUUAGAUCGUUGGUAUAAUGAAUUACGUGAUAUUCGUCCACAUAUUCCAUGUUUAUGCGUUGUCAAUAAAGUAGAUGUUGCCAUGGAAGUAACAAAAAAAUCAUUUUCUUUCCCAAAGAAACAUGAUAUGCCUCUUUAUUACGUCUCAGCGGCUGACGGUACUAAUGUUGUACGGCUAUUUCGUGAUGCUAUUCGUCUUGCAAAUGCUUAUCGAACGGGUGAUACACAAGAUUUUAUUGAUCAAGUAUUACGUGAACUUGAAACCAUCAAUGAUGACACAACGACGAAAGAUUAA